AGCAUGCUGUGGAGAAGCAGGUGUGAUUCAUGAAUAAACUGCUCCUUGGCACCCUGUAGGAUACUGAUGAAACAAAUAGAAUUUCCCCAGACAUGGAUAAUACAAGAACAGCAGACACUUUUUCACAGUUAAGCCAGGAAAAAAUCCUCAAAAUCAUGAACAUGGUGAAAAAUAAAGAAGUGAGCAUUGAAGGAGCUCUGCAUUUGGCACAGAAGGAAGUGUAUGCUGGAAAGGAUCCCCAGGAUUUGUUAACUGGCUCCCAAUUUAACUUCAUUAUCUACAAAUACAAACACUACCGGUGGCAGAAACGGAUCCUGCAGCUUGAUUUCAGCAGCAGGACCAUUUUUAACAUCGAGAAGGGCACUAUCAGGAAGCAGUUCCCUUUCUCACAAGUCAGAGGCUGCGAGGACUCGGAGAGGAGGCGUUUCAGCAUCCUCUUCCACGGCAGGCAGCACUACGAGCUGGAGGCUGUGUCCCUGGAUGACAAAAGGAAGAGUUUCCGUAUAAAACCAAGUGAGCUGAAGGACAAACUCUUCAUCAUCCACGAGGAGAGUGGUGGGCUCACAGAUGAGCAGAUUACAGCACUGAGAAGAUAUUUGCCCACACCCAAAGAUGCAGAAAGGUACCUGUCCUUCAAGGGUCCUUGCUCAGAGCUGCACGUGGUUGACCAGUUUAUGUUAGAGAUGUGUAAAAUCCCCCAGCUGGGCCAGAGGCUGGAUCUGCUGCUCAGCGUCCGUGAGCUCCCCGAGAGCAUCAGAGACCUGGAGCCUCUGAUCAUCCAGAACAUCCAGGCAAGCAGGCAGCUGCAGUCCAGCCCCAAGUUUGUUGCUGUCUUGGAGUACAUUUUGGCCAUGGGGAACCACCUGAAUGAGAAAGCUGGGAAAGAGGUGGCCAAAGGAUUCCGACUGUCAUCUCUGGCCAAACUCUCUCUGCUGAGGGGCAGGGACAGGACGUUUACCCUUCUCCACGCCCUGGUGGAACAGAUCCUCCUGCACCAGCCCGAGCUGGCCACCUUUCCUCAGGAGCUGACAGAGUUUGAAGCUGUUCCUGAUGCGUCCAUGAAGGGCCUCAGUGCUGAAGUUGAUGUUUUAAAAAAAGAAUUGGAGAACCUUGUCCAGUGCAGGAGGCUCCUCAAACCCAAAGCAAGCAAGGCAACGCCCCAGGAGUCCCAGUUUUGCAAGGAACUAAAGGAUUUAAUUCAGAAAUAUGAAGGAGAUCUCUCCCAGCUGUCAAAAAGAUGUGAGGAAAUGAAGAAGCUUUAUAGCAACGUGCUGGUGAGGUUUGGGGAGCCGGCAGACCUGGACUCCCAGGAGCUCUUUGGGGGGAUCUCUUCCUUCAUCUGCGAGUUCAGGAAGACUUGUGCUGAAGUCACACCAUGA